UUCCAACCGGAGCUCCAUCAACAAACACAUUGAAGUGGACCUGAUAUACAAACAACUGAAAAACAGAACUGGAACUAAUGCAACUACUCCAGCAAAGCAAGGCAUAUAAAUAGCAAGUGAGACAGAACACUAAUGCUUCACUGGAGGUGCACUGAUGAAACAUUACCUAGCAUGGUGACAUAACGUCUGCAGCCAAAUACACCAGCUCGGUGAGCAAGUCUACAACCUCAUCCACAACCCAGGCUACACAUCUUCUCAAAAACUUGGUAGUUGUUACAUUCAAUUUCAAAUAAUUGCUUAAUUCAAUUCUGUUUAGGAAAAGCUGGAGGAUUUCAGUAGGUCACCAAAAGUGUCAGUCUGUUUUAAUGAGUUAGUCAGAGAGAGAGAGAGGAAUAAGCUCCAUGCAAGAAAAGUGCAACGAAGAAUCCUCCAAAUGCUGGUCCCAUCUCAGAUGUUGCCAGAUCUGCUGAGCUUCUCCAGCUCUUUGUGUUUGUACAAGUAACAGUACUCCUGAUCCCCCACGUCAAUCAAAAUGAAACAGCAUGUUAUGACCUCACAAACUGAGGUGAAGGCUUCACUUUUGCAAGGAGGCCGAAGUUAUGCCCAAAUAAGGAUCUCUGAGCUAUGUAACCUUAUGCGGAUGUAUUUUGCAGAGUCAAAGUUCAUUGAGUGAGUUAAAUGCAGAUGUGUUCUCGAGUGGUAGCUCCAGCAAAGCUUAUGCAUAGAAUCAAGCAUUGGAAAAAGACAUACACUGUGAAGGAUCGAAUUCAACUGUAUGAGUUCAUGGACCUAUUGUUACUGAGUGAAUCAGUGGACAAUGUCAUUGUAAAAGAAGAGGAAGUCCAGGCAACAGGGAAAACUCCAAGAGAUCUGUAUAAGCUUGUGGACUUGGAAUCUCUCGGGAAAACCCAUGAUGAAAGGUUAGCGAAGCAUCUCAACAAACAGUUUUAUAAGGAAGAACGGGAUUAUGGAACAGUCACCACGGAUAGUACAAUGCUCACUGAACAUCCAAUACUAGUCAAAUACAGGAAGCAGGCAGAAGAAUUACACAGGAAAGAGCAUCAAUGGUUGAAAACAUCUCUUGAGCAAUGUCAUGAACAGCUGAAACAAAUGAAAGGAAGGCAACUAGUUCUACCUCUACUAGCUCUGAGUGACUAUCAAAACAUCUGUCCUGAAUCGGCCCAGGGAACUUCCUCUGCUACCAAGUCAAGGGUCUGCUCUGCCAAAGCCGCUUCUGCGACGGAGCAACAGGAGGAAGGCAUGGAUGAUUGGGUCUGGGUGGUAUCCGUUCCUCCCGAUAAUCCUGCUUUAUCUUGUGUACCAGAUUGA